AUGAGCCAGGGAUACUUCUCGCCCAAGGGCAAGUCGGGCUCGAGGUACAACUUCGACGACGAGAACGAUGAGCCCGACCACCCCGCCGGCUCAAGCCGCCGGAGCCCAUCAGGAAGCUCGGCCCCCUCCGGUGCGCCUGGUUAUAUGACUGUCGGGAACGGAUCAGCACCGCAGUAUGGUGCCCAUUUGCAGGCGAUGCUCGACCAGGACUCCGGCUACGGCGGAAGCAUCGCCGGCGACGAAAUCGUAUGCCCGUUUCUGCCCGACCCGAACACCUCGGUGACUUGGGUCUCUUCCUCGGCCGCUCACAUACUCCCGGACCAUCGGCCUCAGCCGGGAGCCGUUCACCAACUCUGGUACAACCAGCACCGUGCCACGCUCGCCCGCGCCAUUUCUACCGUCGUUGAGUUGUUGAGGGAGCUGCAGGAGAAGAAUACAGUAUGGCCGGCACACUACCCGUCGGUCCAGCGCAUCGCGCUCGAUGCCCCUUCGUCCCCGGGGCCAAGGCCCGGCAUUCACCAUACCUACUCGACCACUGAGGAUCUUGCCACCUCAUCUUCCUUCUCACCACCAGCUACACCCAUGCUACGACGAGCCAUGACGUCCCUCGAAGACGCCGCGGCGGAAUCAAGCCGAACCGCCGAGAGCAGAGCUAGCUCUGUUGAACCACGCCUCGUCACGCCGCAAAUUGCCCAGGAGUUCUCGGUGUUGAAGUUGGAUUUGAAGCUUGGGUCAACUCACCAAUCAGAACUCGUCCACUCCUUGGAGAAGAAUUCGAUCGCUUCGUUGUUGGAUGGCAAGAUCCAGUCGAGUAUCAAGCACCUGCAGUCACUACGGGAGCGUAUCGAGGAUACGUCGAGCAAGGUUUUGGUGACGGGCGAUCUCAACGCAGGAAAGUCGACGUUCUGCAACGCCUUGUUACGACGGAAGAUUCUCCCCGAGGACCAGCAGCCCUGCACCAGCAUUUUCUGCGAGGUCCUAGACGCGAGGGACAACUGUGGCAUCGAGGAAGUCCACGCUGUUCACAAGAAUGCUAUCUACGACCGGCACGAUGAGACAACCUAUGACGUCUUCCCGCUCCGGCGGCUGGAAAAGAUUGUGGUGGACAAUGAGAUGUACUUGCAGUGCAAGGUCUAUGUGAAGGACGUCCGGACUAUCGACGAGUCGCUUCUCAACAACGGCGUGGUGGACAUCGCGCUUAUCGACGCACCGGGACUCAACAUGGACACCACCAAGACCACGGCCAUCUUUGCGCGACAGGAGGAAAUCGAUGUGGUGGUUUUCGUCGUCUCCGCCAGCAACCACUUCACUCAAACUUCGACCGAGUUUAUUCGCGCUGCGGCCGCCGAGAAGGCUUAUCUCUUCGUUGUAGUCAACGGCUACGACAACAUCAAGGACAAGGAACGCUGCCAGAAGCUGAUCCUCAACCAGAUCAGGACGCUGAGUCCCGAUACCUUCAAGGAGUCAGCCGAACUUGUGCACUUUGUGUCAAGCACAGCUAUCCCCAUGGCCCCCUCUCCCCCUGGCGGGCCCAGUGGCGGUGGCUCUGGUAGUACCAGCGGGGGCGGGUUCGGUGGCGACCCCGGCGACGAUGAUCCGAAAGGAAAAGGGAAGAAGAAGGAGAUGGAGCGGGACUUUUCUGCCCUUGAACAGUCCCUACGGAGGUUUGUUCUAGAAAAGCGUGCCCGUUCCAAGCUGGCCCCGGCGAAGACGUACCUGACCAACAUCCUCAACGACGUCAAUGUGCUGGCGUCCGUCAACUCGGAGGUGGCCAGGUCGGAAUUCGAGAGGGUCAAUAGUGAGCUCCAGGUUCUCGAGCCCCAGCUCGAGUCGAGCCGGCGGGCGAAGACCGAGCUUUGUGACAGGAUCGACCAGACGAUCGAGGCGACCUGCAAGGCCAUCUAUGAUUCUUCCCGCUCCACCAUCAACGCUGCCAUCUCUCAGGCCGGGGAAGGCAACCUCGGCAUCCCUUACCCAGGUCUGUUUGGCGCCUUUCAGUACGCUGACGACCUCAAGGAUGCCAUGCUGUCUCAAAUCGCCGCAUCCGUCGUGCAAUGCGAAGAGCGCGCCCGCAACAAGACCGUGUCGAGUGUCAACAUGAUCAAAGAGCUCGGCAUCCGCCACCUCGGCAAUGAAUACGAGAACCUCAACUUCAAGUCGGACGUCAUGUUCCAGCACAAGAAACACGCGCUAGCACGCCAGGUCGAGAUUGCGACGGAGUUCUGGGACUUCGUCGACUGGUCCACGCUGAUGCAGAGGGAGGAGAAGGCCGGCAUGGCUCUGACCGUCGCUGGUGUCGUCGGCACCGGCGUUCUCAGCGGGUACGGCCAGAUGAACAUUGCCCUUCGUGCCGCUCAGCUGCUGGGCAAUGACAACCUGCGCCGAAUGUUUGUUCCAGGCGUUAUCGCAGCCGCCGCGGCCCUUGGCUUCUACAUCCUCAGCCAGAUCCCCCACUCCCUCCCGCAUCGACUGAACGCCAAGAUCUCAGCCCAACUCACGGCCAUGGACUACGCGCACACCAACAGCAAUCGUAUCUCAGGCACCGCCCGCAAGGUGCUGCUCAUCCCAGCCAACUCGCUACGGGUCGGUCUGCAACGCUCGUUCGAGCAGCUCAACACUCGCCGCGAGGAAACAGUAAAGACUCGCAAGGAGAGCAGCGACGCCAUGCGCUACUUUGGAAACCUUGUCCAACGGAGUGCGCACCAGCGCCGACAGGUCGAGACGGUCGAUCUCGAUGCCCAUCCGCCUGGAGCCCAGAACGGUUUUCAAUAG